CACAUUUCGGCAUUCACAUCAAAAUUUUUCGAAAUGACAACAACUUAGAAAUUUCUUCAACAUCAAAAUUUGUAGUGCCCUAAAAUGUUGGCUCUGGCCAGGAAUUCGUGGUGUGGCCAAAUUCUCAGUCGCCUGGCAAACAUCGACGCCUGUUGCCAGUACUCAAAGUCAUCCUCCGGCGGAAAACAGGGAAAAUACAAGAUCGUAAUGGUUCGACAUGGAGAGUCCGAAUGGAACCAGAAGAACCUUUUCUGUGGAUGGUUCGAUGCCAAGCUCUCGGAGAAGGGCCAACAGGAAGCCUGUGCAGCCGGCACUGCCCUUAAAAACGCCAAAAUGGAGUUCGAUGUGGCCCACACCUCGUUGCUGUCCAGAGCCCAAGAUACACUCACGGCCCUCCUGUUGUCCAGCGAGCACAAGAAGAUCCCGGUGUGCUUCUCCUGGCGGCUCAAUGAACGCCACUACGGCGGACUGACAGGACUGAACAAGGCCGAGACCGCCAAGAAGUUCGGCGAGGAUAAGGUUCAGAUUUGGCGCCGCAGCUUUGACACUCCGCCUCCGCCCAUGGAGAAGGAUCAUGACUACUACGCCUGCAUAGUCGAGGAUCCGCGUUACAAGGACCAACUUAAGCCAGAAGAGUUCCCCAAAGCGGAGUCCCUAAAGCUGACCAUCGAACGUACUUUGCCCUACUGGGAAGAGGUAAUCGUGCCACAAAUCAAGGAGGGAAAGCGUGUGCUGGUCGCCGCCCAUGGCAACAGCCUACGUGGUGUGGUCAAGCACUUGGAAUGCAUCUCCGAUAAGGACAUCAUGGGUCUUAACCUGCCCACCGGCAUCCCCUUUGUCUAUGAACUGGAUGAGAAUCUCAAGCCCUUGGCCUCUCUUAAAUUCCUAGGAGAUCCCGAAACAGUUAAGAAAGCCAUGGAAUCGGUUGCAAACCAGGGAAAAGCCAAGUGAUCCGAGAUUUUGGGAAUAUCAUCUCUCCUCCUAAGUUAGUGCAAUCAGCUCAAUGCACUUGCAUGCCAAACAAAAACAGCGGAUCGAAAGUGCCCACAAGGGGACUGUGGCAAGGCGAAUGUCAAGCAGCAAAUAAAUUUAUUUGAUUUUAAUUGACAAUGAAAAGUCAACAACGUUGGGCUGGCCA